AUGGAUAUCAUAUACGAGCAGUGUUUUAAACAACUUGAUCCAGAUGAUAAAGCACGUCUAAAACCGUUCUAUUUUCCCCUCACCAGAUUCUGCAAUGAAGCUGUAUUCCCAUUAGGGCAAAUAGCUUUCCCUGUGACUUUAUCGGAUGGCGAACAUUCACGAACAGUUACAGUCAAUUUCAUGGUCAUGCCGGCAACAUCACGUCAUGAUGUUCUGCUCGGAAGAAGAUCACAAAGAGAGUUCAGUAUGAUUACAUCUAUCCCACACGCUGCAUGUGGGUUCCCAACGGAAACCGGAGUUGCAAUUCUGUACUCAAGCAAAGAAGUCAUGUACGUGGACGACGAGCCACCAGCGAAGGUAGUCAAACCUUCAGCAUCAAACGAACCGGAGAAAUGGGUCCUGAACGAAGAAUACCCAGAGCAGACCAUCUCACUAGGACAUGCCAUUUCACCAGCAACACGAAUACAACUGAAAGCACUGUUGUCCAACAACAAAGAUAUAUUCGCUUGGUGCCCAGCAGACAUGACUGGGGUUCCACGCGACAUAGCGCAACAUUGCCUGAAUAUUAAACCAUCAGCGGAACCUGUUGCCCAGGCGAGGCGCAGCUUUAGCGAAGAAAAAGCGAAAGCCAUGGACGAACAAGUGGUAGAGCUACUCAAUGCGGGAAUCUUGCGCGAAGUAAAAUACCAUACAUGGGUUGCCAAUCCAGUAAUGGUCCAGAUGAAGGAAGAAGACGAAGACAAAACUGCAUUCCGCACAGAUAAAGGCAUCUUCUGCUACACUAAAAUGCCCUUUGGCCUGCGCAAUGCUGGCGCAACUUAUCAACGAUUAAUGGACACAGUUUUCAAAAGCGACAUCGGCAAGACAGUUGAAGUAUACAUGGAUGACCUCGUCAUCAUGAGCCAUGAGGAAGACUCAAUGCUCAACAAUAUUCAGCGUACAUUCGACUCUCUGCGCAGCGUAAACUUAAAACUCAACCCAACUAAAUGCUCCUUCGGCAUGGAAGAAGGAAAAUUUCUGGGCUUCAUAGUCACAAGAGAGGGCUUCAAAGUAAACCCAGAAAAAGUACUGGCUAUCCAGCAAAUGCCCUCACCCGCAACAAUAAAAGAAAUGCAAAGACUCGCCGGACGCUUAGCAGCCUUGAACAGAUUCUUGGCUAAUCAUGCGGCUAAAUCUUAUCCAUUUAUCAGUACGCUGCGAAACUGCGGGAAGAAAACCCCCUUUCAAUGGACACCUGAAGCAGAAGCAGCAUUCAAACAAAUGAAAGAAUGUUUAAUUCAGCUACCAACGUUGACUGCGCCAAAAGAAAAAGAGCCACUAAUCUUAUACCUAUCAGUCGCGGAAGUAGCGGUAGGAGCAGUAUUAAUGGUGGAACGAGAAAACGUUCAGACUCCAAUUUACUAUAUCAGCAAAAUGCUCACCGGCCCAGAAACUCGUUACUCAAUGAUAGAAAAAUUGGUUCUAGCACUAGUGCACGCAUCCCGACGUUUGCGCAGGUAUUUCUUGGGCCACGUCAUCACGGUUCUCACAAAUUAUCAUUUAGGCCAAAUCUUAUCAAAACCCGAUGUGGCGGGAAGAUUGGCUAAAUGGGCCAUUGAGCUGGGAGGAUACAAUAUCUUCUACAAGCCAAGACCAGCAAUCAAAAGGCAAGUUCUAGCAGACUUCGCUACUGAAGUGCCCAUCGAUAAAGUACAAGAAUGCGAGGCAAUCCAGAACCCUACACCUGUUUUCGACGACAGAGUCUGGACCUCACACACAGAUGGCGCUUCCAAUGAUGACGGAGCAGGAGCAGGCCUCCGAUUGGUCAGUCCGGACAAUCACGAGCUCACAUAUGCCAUACGCUUAGACUUCCAAAGUACCAACAAUGAAGCAGAAUACGAAGCAUUUUUAGCAGGCCUUCGUCUAGCGCUCAAAAUGGGGGCAAGAAACCUUGAGGCCAACGUUGAUUCAAAACUAGUAGCCGAGCAAAUUAACGGUUACUACGAUGCAAAAGGAGAAGCUAUGGCAUUAUACCUUAAACAAGCACGGAUGUUAAUCAGCCAAUUCUAG